AUGGCGCAGCUUACAUGGUCCCACUGGGGGCUUCAGCCGCGGCGGUGUGUCUUGCAACAGGAAAAGAUUCUGGUGGUCCAGGCCUACCAGAACUUCCCAUGCGCGCCUUUACACAAAGAGCAGCAGCGUGGGGCCUUCUGUCUGUGCAAGGGCUCGGCCCUGGGUGUUGUAGCCACCACGGUGGUGGCGCGGCGCUGUAGAACGCUGCGUGCGAAGACUGUCUGCCGUGCAACGGCAGCCCCUGUGGAGAUUCUUCCCAUUCCAGGAAAAGGAUUUGGGGCGAUCGCGGCGAGGGACAUUGCCAGGGGUGAGUUGGUCCUCGAGGAGCGGCCGACCAUAACAUAUCAAGCGGGCAGCGACUGGCCAUUGUCCUUGCAGCAGCAGUUCGACAAGCUGCCGGUCGCAUCGCAAUCGGCGGUCAUGGACCUCUGCGAUGCAACUCCGGGGGAGAAGACGCUGAAAGGCAUUUUCGAGACGAACAGCAUUGGAUGCUCCAGCCCAACUUUGGAUGGCGUCCUUUGCCUGUCUGUCAGCCGGAUCAACCACUCCUGCUGGCCAAACUGCGAGCAGUUCUGGGAUGAGCAGCUGUUCCGUGAGAAGAUCUUCGCCUGCAAGGACAUCCAAAAGGGUGAGGAGCUUUGUAUAUCCUAUGUGGAGCCGUACCUCCUCGCCGAGGAGCGAGACGACAUUUUCCGGCGCAGAUAUGCCUUUGAAUGCGCUCGCUCAGCCCCGAACCGGGAGGCCAGUGAUCGGCGCAGGAAGCGUUUGGGCGAGGUACUUGCAGAACUUGGCCGUGGUGUCAGCCCGGACGCAGAUGCGGGGGUGGCGCUCGCGGAGGAGCUUCUGCAGCUUUGCGACGACGAAGGGCUAGCUCUGCAAGGCUUUCGUGCCCAGGCUUGCUACCAUGCAUUCCAAUGCCUGCUGCUGGCUGGCCGUGCGCCGAUCGAGGCAGCACCCUGGCUGCGCCGAGCGCGUGAGUUCCUCGAGGCGAGUCGUGGGGCAGGGGAUCCCGACGUCGAGCAGCUGCGAGGCUAUGAAGCCGACCCGUCGAGUCAUCCGGCAGCCUCGGAUCGAUCCACGCAGCUUUCCGGCUUGGCCGGCCCCGUGCUUGCAGCGGCCGCAGUCGCUGCGGCGUUCUUCUUCCUCCGGUGA